GUGAAUUCUUGCUCAUUUCGAUUUAAGUCAGUGUAUCUUUCGAUUCAUACCACGAGAAAAUUACCCACGCCCGGAAAUUAUUUUCUUUUUUUUUUUUUUCGAAAAAAGAUAUCAUUACGGAAGUUUGAAUUUUGUUACGAAAAUUGGAGCAAGUUCUUAUGCAUUUGGAACAAAAUUGAUUCAUGUAAGAGGAAUAUAGAAUUACUUCAAUUCUCAUGUGCGGUAACUCAUCUGGUAUUACCGAUGCGUCAUUAUGCAUCCGGGUGGUUACAAACAGUAAAAAGUGGAAAAUACGUCAAUAAGUGAUUGGAUGUGAAAAAAAAAAAAUUGUGUUUAUUAAUUGGAGAAAAUAGAAGAGAAAAAAAAAUGACUAGCCUGAUUUAUAAUCUACUAUUGAUCCUAAGCUUCAUUAGCUUUGUGUAUUCAUUACCUGCAACAUCAUUUGUAGUGCCAGAAUAUCCACGACAACUUUCACUAUUUACACGGCUUGAUGAACAAUCAAAAUUAUUGGCGUCUGUUAAAGAUGAUCAAGUGUCGUCGAAAUUAACGAAUAAGGAUGAUCUCGCCAAUUGGGCGAGUUACGCUGUACGUGUUAUGGCCGCAAAACUUAACAAUACUAUUUCCACAAUUAAGGAUAAAGUGAAAAAAUCAAUUUCCAAUGAUCAGGAGGAGAAAACAGAAUCGUUUCUGAAUUUUAACAGAAAUAAGACCAACAAGAAUUUGGAGAAUUUAAAAAAAUAUGUUUCUCAAAAUCGAGGAUUAAAUACAACACUAAAGAUGACAAAUACAACAAAAGAAGAUAAUACAACUAGAAUUGAUAUGAAAAUAAAUGCAGAUUCGAAAAUUAAUAUCACCAGAAAUGAUUUGAAAAUUGUUAACAACACUGCAGAAUCGUUUAAUGUGACUGAAAUACCAAAAAAUGGUACGUUAGGAUCUGCAGAACAAAAGAAGGAUGUCGAGGGUAAUUCUUUGAAGAUCAUUCAAGCCGAACGACGUCACUAUCAGAUACAUUCUUUUGGCAAUCCGAAUGUACAUGGUACCCAUUUUUCCCUUGCUGAUGAGCCACGAAAUUACCAACCAGUUGCAAAUUAUCUUUCCCAUUUGUUGGGUAACACACAUUACGAUUUAACGGGAAACAAAAUUAUCAUUCGCACUCCUGAUUAUUUUCCCUCGGCACCAACUCCAGCCGCCUAUAUUCCAUUGCUUGUUCAACAUCCAGAACUCUCCGAUUUUCAAAGCAAUCAGGUAUUAGUGAAAAAUCAGUUCGGUAGUGGCGAGGAAAGCAAAAAGGGAAAUGAAUUAUCAGCACUAAAAUUGUUGGAACCUACAAAAAGUACAGGAGCAACAAUUGUUUCGGUACCUUCUGUUGUACCUUCUGUUUCUGCUGUACCUUUAGUAUCAUCUGUACCUUCUGUAUCAUCUGUACCUUCAGUUUCUGCUUUACCUUCUGUAUCCUCUGUACCUUCUACUUUACCUUCGGUUUCUGCUUUACCUUCUGUAUCUUCUGUACCUUCUGCUUUACCUUCUGUUUCUUACAUACCUACUGUUUCUUAUGUACCUUCUGUUUCUUUUACACCUUCUGCUUCUGCUGUAUCUUCUGCUGUACCUUCUGUACCUACAGCAUCUUCUGCACCAUUUGUACCUUCUUCUUCUUCUUCGUCUUCUUUCCCCUCUGUACCACCCACUACUUCAACUUCUUCGCCGAAGUCAGAUGUUGAGUACGUGUCAAAGCCAAUAAAAUUAGUUGACAUCUCCGGAGAGAGUGUUAGACCAUCAGAAGGAAUUAGGCCAAUUAUCUCCGUACCAUUUGAGGCAAUAAUUACAAUAACGCGAGAUCAUCAAUCAUCAUCGACACCAUCGCCAUUAUUAACACCAAUUACACCACCAACUUCAUCAUUGCCAAUCACAUUAAAUAAGGAUUCGAGAAAUUAUUACGAAAUCGUAACGAGAGAUCCACCUGAUGAAUUUCCACCUUAUUUUAAACUAAAUACAACAAAUGACAAAAAUCGUAAUAAUUAUCCAAAUAUCGAUGAACAGAAAAAGCAAUUUAAUCAAGGAAAGAAAAGAGACUGUGAUAAUAAUAAUAAUAAUAAUAAUAAUAAUAAUAAUAAUAUUAAUAAUUAUAACAAUAAUAAUAAUAAUGAUAGUAAUGAAAAUAAUAUAUCUAAUGAAUCAAGUACUGUAAAUGUAGUAUCUGAAAACGAAAUUCCAAAGAAGCAGAAAAAAAAGAAGGAGAAGAAUGUUGAUAGUUUUAAGCAGAAUAAAUUUUUAGAUGACAAUUUUGAUGAUGAUUUUGAUGAUCUUAGCGAUGAUUUUAAAAAUGAUAGCAAUGAUGAUGAUGAUGAUAAUGAUUUUGAAACUGUGAAAAAGAAGCAAAAAGAUAAAGAUAAAUCACGAAAGAGGCAAACAUCUGUUUUUAAGCAGCUUUUACAAAUUUUGGGAUUUUCAAAAAAGAAAAGUCGUGAUAAUAAUACAAUGGAUAUUCAAAUAACGACUUCGCCGGUUUUUAAAGUUUUUACAGCCAACAGAUUACCUGGAGCAAAAUUUGAAAAUACAGCGUCAAAUCGUGGCCGAAGGAAUCAAACUUCCGUUAAUAAUGAUAUUCCAGAUAAUCCAAAUCCAUUGGAAAAUGAAAUAAUUCCAUCAAUUGAUGAUAAACCAAAGAAGAGUAAUGAUACAUUGGAAAAUCAAGAAUUUGACGAUGACGAUGACGAAGAAGAAGGAUCUUUGGGUUCGAUUACAGAUCUUUUGCCAUUGGUUAUACCUGUUCUCGAAGAUUUGAGUGAUCCUGAGUCAGAUACUGAUUUGGCAGAAUUACUGGAAGGUGCAAUCCCAUUGCUUCAGGGACUUUCAGAAGGUGAAAAUGAUGAUGGUACGCCAAUUGACGUUGCGGCAACAAUUUCGCCGGUUAUUCAAGCCAUUAGCGCUGGAAAAGGUGGACAGGACAGUGAUAGUGGAGCUAUUUUAACUCCAAUUAUAACUAUCGCUGCGCCAUUUAUUGGACCUGUUUUGGGUCCAUUAAUUGGUCCAAUUUUGAGAUCAAGCAGCAAUCCUCAUAGUGAAGGAUCUUCUGUGACUGCUUUUGUUCAAUCUAUCUCGGGUCCACUCAGUAAGCCGACUGAAGAAGGUGGAAUGUCUCCUCUCUCACAGCUUGUCGCUGGAAUCGUUGCUGGAUUAAGUCGAGAAUCAAGUAAAGGAGGCGCAGGAUCGGAUGUUGGGGCAUUGAUUUCAUCUGUAGUUUCCGGUACACUGGCAGGUACAAGUGCAGGACUUAGUGGUGGGUCAAGUUCUGGGUCAAAGUCAGGGUCACAUCCAGCACAAAAACCUGAUUCUUACGGUGCAUAUGCACACUAUGGUCCAGCAACAGUGCCAGCAAGUUCGGUGAAUACUUUGCAAUUAAUUGGCAGUACACUUAAGGAUAUUCUUGGUGCAAGUGCAACAAUAGUUUCGUCACUUCUCGGUGGUGUAUCGGGAUUACUUGGAGCCUCAUCAGCAGGAUCAUCAUCUGAGGAACCAUCACCUGGCUAUGGACCACCGUCUCCAUCUUAUGGUCCUCCAAAUUAUAAACCACCUCAUCUCGUUAACGCUCCCGCUGGUUUAAAACCUCCACCCCUACCAGUAAAAUCUUCCAAUAAACCUUCGAAAAACACGUUUAAUCGAUCCCAAUAAUUUUUCAUACUAAACAAAAAUAUAUUUUUUUUACAAAAUCUAUUUAUCAAUACAAAAAAAACGAUUGCAACAAGUUUUGCCCUCUCGCUUGGUUUAGAAAAAAAAACACACGUGAUAUAAUUAAUUUGUUAUCUUACUUCCUGUCGUAAUUAUAUUAUACCUCAGUUUGAUAGAUAAUGUCGCAAAAAAAAAAAAAAGAAAAAUGUUUUUACGCAUGAAAGAAUUGUAUAUAGAGAAAUACUUGCAUGAUAUGAGAUUAUCAUUGUGAAUAUAACUUUAGGCGGAAAUAUUCAACGUCUUCCGGCAUUUGUGGUCUAGAGGGAAGUGUUGACAAAAUUGUAUGCAUCAAAGGAUAAUUAUUUUUUCAGUCAAUAAAUAUUCUUAAAUUACACACAUAUAA